AUAAAUCUGUUGUGGGUGUAAUCUGCUGUGACGCCGUUAAUCCCACUGCUACAAAUCAUAGGUCCCCUCCACUCGGCUCCACACAGACCCCUGAGACUCCCGGUUGGCCACUUCACAUCCGCCUCAGACAGUGCAAAGCUGAUUUAAGGAGCUGAAGACAUGGCUGUGGUUAGUGGAACUUACCGUAUGGUGUCGGAGGAGGAGCAGGCUCUCAGGGCCAAGCUGGAACGUCUCACCGUCAAGGACCACGGGCCAGUGUUUGGACCCUGCGCCAGUGUCCCAGACCACACCAUGCAGAAGGCCAAGGAUGAGCUCAAUGAGACAGAGGAGAAGAAGGUGUCUGCAGUGAAGGAGCUGCGGGGAAUGAUUAAGGAGAAGGCAGAUGGAGGUGAUGAACUGGCCAAGGGGGUGCAGGACACCUUUGGGGAGAAGCCGGACAGUUUGCUGGUCCGCUUCAUCCGCGCCAGAAAGUAUGAUGUGCCCAGAGCCUUCGAUCUUAUGAAGGGCUACGUGCGCUUCAGGAAGGACUACCCUGAGCUGUUCGAGAAUCUGACCCCGGAGGCCGUACGCAGCACCAUCGAGGCCGGCUACCCCGGCAUCCUGCAGAGCAGAGAUAAAUACGGCCGCGUGGUUCUGCUUUUCAACAUCGAGAACUGGGACUACGAGGAGAUCACCUUCGAUGAGAUCCUGCGUGCCUACUGUGUGAUCCUGGAGAAGCUGCUGGAGAACGAGGAAACUCAGAUCAACGGCUUCUGCAUCAUUGAGAACUUCAAGGGCUUCACCAUGCAGCAGGCAUCAGGAAUCAAACCCACUGAGCUCAAAAAGAUGGUGGACAUGUUGCAGGACUCGUUCCCUGCACGUUUCAAAGCCGUGCACUUCAUCCACCAGCCCUGGUACUUCACCACCACCUACAACGUGGUCAAACCCCUCAUGAAGAGCAAGCUGCUAGAGAGAGUGUUUGUCCACGGAGACGAGCUGGAAAAUUACUACAAGGAGUUUGACGCUGACAUCCUCCCCGCCGAGUUUGAUGGGAAAGGUUCCAAGUACGACGGCAAGGCCGUGGCAACCAAGCUGUUCGACUAAACACCCUCCAUCACCUUGCCAGCAAGGAUGAGAGCCAUGAUAUUAUACAAUCCCUAUAGACUGUGGAGAAUCAAAGCCCAAUCUAGCUGUGUGGUUGAAGUUAUGAGUGAUGAGUCCCAAAGCCUCGAAGCAGUGAGAAGUUGAGAGGAUUUCCAGUGGUCUUGAUAAAGCACAGUUAAAUAGUAUCAAGGCAGUCUGUGACUGUCAAUCAUCAUUUUAAUCUACAGUGUGUUAUGUAAAACCAUUCAGAUGACACCUUAACACCUUUCAAGUUUUUAACCAUGAAUUAUAUCCUGCGUAAAUCCCACUGUAUCUGUAUCACUUAUUUGACUUAUUUGACACCUGUAUAAAAAUCACUUUUCUUGGUCUGAACCCCGGCUCGUGAUUGGUGGGUUGAAAAAGAUCUUUUCGUUUUGCUCACACAAGCUCUGACAGACGGUUGUGAAACGACAACACCGUCCUUUUUGCGUCAUUGUUUUCACUGAUCCGUAAUCAUGAGAUCUACGAGCUUCCGGAAAGUCACAGACAAGGAAGAGUUUUCAAAACAGCACGUGCUGUAAUGCAGAACUGCAUAACGGUAAACACUCGAUUCAAAGUUCUCUGGGAGGGAUGAGCUAUAAUACAUUUCAAGCCUGCAAAUUAAUUUUCAUGCCAAACCAGUGGAGACCAAAGAAGUAGUAUUUAAUCCCAAAACGUACCGGUAAAGAAUACAAAACCCGUAACUAAUGGACAAAAAUGCUAAAUGACCUUUAUAUUUUAGCACAGAGACAUGUCUCUUUACAAUGCCGUCCUAGUGAAGACAAAUUGUUCCAGUAUUGCUUGGCUUUGAAUGGAUGUCAUCACUUCUGUUAAACUGUGCUUUGUUAGGACUGAAGUUCACCCACACAGCUUGAUGUUACACUGGCAGGCCCCAGCAUUCACAGCUUCCACUCCCUGGUCCCCGUGUCUCCAACAAGUGCCUGUCUCUGGUGUGUUUCUUUUUUUUUUUUUUUAGAUUAUUCUUCAGUAUUAAUAUUAUGAAGUUUUACCCACUGUACUACCUGGUGCGCCAACAAUAAUGUCAAUAAAUGUACAAUAAACUGUAUAUAAAUAUAA